UUCGUGGCCUCAACGACCCUGUUGAUCAUCUACAUUCUCAAUCCGGAUAAGGAGCCUUGGCCCUGGAGGUCCUUCUGCGCAGAGCAACAACCCUUCCCUCACACACUCGCCGAUUCGCUAGCGCCCGUCGACGUCUUUGUCGGUGUGAUGACUGUAGACUCGCACUUUGAGCGACGCUCGGUCAUUCGCUCGACUUAUGGAGCUCACACCCGGCCUAUUGACCCAGUGACAGGUCUGCAGAGCACCAAUGUCCAGCUCAAGUUCAUCCUUGGUAGACCGAGCAAGAAGCUCGAGAGGAGGAUAGCCCUCGAGAUGGAGAUGUUCAAUGACAUUGUCGUCUUGUGGGACAUGCAGGAGAACAUGGCCGGUGGGAAAUCCUAUCGGUAUUUCCAGUGGGCGACGGAGAAUGCCACUGUACCCAUUUUGCGGCCCAGGUUGGGGCAGAGACAGCUGGACUCUUCUGGUGGAUCGACCCUGCCGCAAGAAGGGACGGUCAAGGGCGCCAACGAUGUUCUGUAUGACGUGUCCUGGAAGCUGGUAGACUACGUCGUCAAGGCAGAUGAUGACGCUUUCAUCGCCCUAGACGAGCUUGAGCGUCAUCUCCGCGUCGCCCCGCGCAAGCUCACUUACUGGGGCUACCUGAUCAAGAACUGGUUCAUGGGCGGCGAAGCCUACGCCCUCUCCAUGGACGUAGUGCAGUGGAUUGCCACGUCUCCCUGGGUGGCUGCUCACUCCACUGGUAAAGAGGACACGGCUACGGCCAAGUGGCUCAAGCAGCACCCAGAGAAGUCCAAGCUCAACUAUGUCUCUGAGCGAUGCUGGAUCUACGACCACCCCAAAUCCGGCACAGCUUACGCACAUGGGUUUCUCUUCCCCAAUGAAGUAGAGAAGAUCAAGCGCGAGGAGCGUCCCGGCGGCUUGAGUGCGCAGGAGAUCAGCCGGCGUGGCGGGGAGCAUGCUUCGAAGUGGUACUCUACCGUGAAUGCUUGGCACGUCAAGUACAAGGCGCCCCGUGCCGAUUUGUCCAUUGAGGAGGAGAUCGAAGCACUGGUCGAGGGCGGAUACGACACCUCCUCUACCUCCAACGCCAACCCCGCUUUCAACUCCAAUUCUAAUCCCAGUCUGCCACUCCGAGGAGGAACCGUCGUGGUUCACUACCUCAAGCGGGACGAAUGGUUCUACGAGACUGCAUUGGCUCUUGUC